AUGCCGACAACACAAGACAUGAACAACGACGAGCGUCGUGAAUACAUUUCCGGACUUUUAGCGGCGGCUGGACUUUCUCCGAGCAUCCUGGAGCUGCCGGUGUGCACGAUUUUUGACAGCUACAGCUUUCAAGGCAUGCUUGACAUGUACGUUGCUAAGAGUCCGCUGUACGGUGGUCUGUCCGAAGCGGAGAAGCAGCAGUUCCAUGCAGACAUGACACACGAGGUUCGGAAAUUCCACUCACCGGAUAUCGAUCGGGCCCGCUACCGCGUUUACGUAAUCAAGGCAUCGAAAACUGAAAAGCGGAACGUUGACUGAUUCUCAGCAGCCCACUGCAGCAGUGUAGCAGGUCAGUUUGCGCGGGUUGGUGGUAUAGAGUAGCAAAAAAUAAAGAUUCGAAA